AUGGAAACGGUUCUUUUGCUCGAUUCUGAUCCAAACCCGUUCAAUUUCUACGCUCGCCUCAUUCACAGCCAGCGUUUCGCUUCAAUUCCCUCCCUUCCACUGGAUUCAGGGGAAGUGCUCCACGACUGUCCCGUCGCCUACAAAACAUGGGGAAAGCUUAAUGAGCGAGGCGACAACGUCCUGGUCAUAUGCCACGCCCUGACGGGAAGCAGCGAUGUCGGCGACUGGUGGAACCCUCUCAUAGGACCUGGGAAGGCAUUAGAUCCCCCGUAUUUCUUCAUCUUCUGCGGGAACGUGUUCGGCUCCCCGUACGGGAGCGCAUCGCCGCUGACCGUCAACCCCGACACCGGUCGACGGUAUGCGAGCGAGUUCCCCCAGACGACCGUCAGGGACGAUGUCAGGGCCCACAAGAUGGUCCUCGACGCCCUCGGCGUCAAGUCAGUUGCCGCCGUCGUUGGCGGCUCCAUGGGCGGCAUGACCACCCUCGAGUGGCCGCUCUGCACGCCCCCCGGAUUCGUCCGCAACAUCGUUCCCAUCGCCACCGCCGCCGAUCACUCUGCUUGGGGGAUCUCGUGGGCCGAGACCCAGCGCCAGUGCAUCUUCUUCGACCCCAAGUUUGACGACGGCUACUACGAUCCUACGCCCGAGGGCCAGCCGUCGGCGGGGCUUUCCGCCGCCCGGAUGAUUGCCAUGCUGACGUACCGGUCCUGCACGAGCUUCGACAGCCGCUUCGGGAGGAAACCGCCCCUUGCCCCGUCCAAACAUCCCGACCACCCUCUGGACCUACCUCGGACAGAUAUAGCGCCACCGGGGACACGGGAGGGCUGUCCCGAAACUCCAACUUCACAGCGAACCCGGGGUCCGUCCUUCUCGGUACAGAGGUACCUGCACUACCAAGGGGAGAAGUUCCUCAAGCGGUUCGAUGCUAACUGCUACCUGCACAUCACCGCCAAGAUGGACAGCCACGACGUCGCGUACGGCCGCACGCAGAGGUGCGGCGACGACGGUCUCGCCGAAGUCCUGCCCAGCAUGCCCGCGGGAGCGCUGGUCAUUGGCGUCGAGACCGACGCGCUAUUCCUGCCAGAGCAACAACAGCGCCUCGCCGCCCACCUUCCCGGGGCAUCGCUGUCUGUGCUAAAGUCUUCGGACGGACACGACGGUUUCCUGCUCGAGUUCGAGCAGCUCAACACCCUGAUCCAGCCCCAUUUGCGCUCCAGACUGUCGGAUAUAUACGCCGCGGCAUGCGGCUCAGCAGACUCCGCAAGUCUUGAUACGAAGGCAGGAGUGAACGAGAGCCUAACGGGAGAGCUCGAGAGCUGGUAA